CAGUGCAUAAUCCUUCCCAAAAAUUUUCCUACAUCUAAAUUUUAGCUCUCACGUCAUCAGGUAGAGUAAGGAUAUUUUUUAUUCGCUAUAUUAGCGUCAUCAUCAUAUUGUUUAACGAGUUAUUGUGCGUCCAUGCAACGGGAGUGAUUACGUGUGAUCGGUCACACGCGGGCUAUCGCGCGUGAGCUGUUCGAUUGCCGGCCAGGUAGGGAGGAGGAGGGGGCACCACGCCGCCCAAGGUCAGCGUCGACCGCGGCUGUCGGCGAGCGGGCCCGUAUGCCUCCGCACGCCCCAUGCUGCCCGGUCCACUUGCACCCCUCGAUCCGCGCAAAACACGCGCCUUGACCACCAUAUAUGCGCCGCGGAAAUUCAAAACACGGAAACAUAGAACGGCGCAAUCCAGGAUGCUGGACAACGACAUCCAGUUCAAAAACACACUAUCUCCUUUCCUCCCUUUGCCUGCAAUUGGACAGAAAAGUGAGAAAUCCAAAACAAAAGUUAUUGUUUUGGAUUUGAACAAGAACGAAGAGGGUGGUUUGGAUAAAUCCGCUAUCAAGUUGCACGACGUAUUGAAACCACUUACGCCUUUGAGGAUUCACGGAUAUGUGAGAAAGAAUUCUUUAGACCUGGACAAAAAGAAACCUCAGCAGCUUUUAAGGGAGAACACAUACGAUGUUAUAGAGCCAAUAUAUCUCAAUGCAGCUAAAGUAAGAAAAAGAGACGCAUCGAUAACUAGAAGAGCUCUAACGACUGUGAAUUCUGAAAGUGUAGAACAUGCAGAAGAUCCGCCGAAAGUAUCUCCGAAGACAAGGUUUAAGAAAGCUGCUAUGCAAGUAGCGAAACUUACAUCGAUGCCCGAAACGGGCAAGUUAUUAAGUUUAAGAGAAAGACAAACGUUUCAUUUGUGUCUGAAUGACGAUGAUAAAUCUUCGUGUCGUUUAGAAGAGUUGCCAAAAAGUCCCACUCAAAAACUGAAUAAGCUUACGGAAAUUUUCCAAAACUUGGAAAUGAAAGGCCGACACAGAGACAGGAUGAAAAAAGAAAAUAGUUGGUUUUAGUUAAGAAAUUUUUAAAAAUAUCUAGCAUAAGGUUGAUUGCAGUAUUUACGUGUUUUCUAUGAAGUUUUUAUGAUAAAGAAGAAAACGGUUAAGUGAUAAUAUUAAUACAAUAAGAGUUUAUUUUUGUUAUAGAAUACAAAAUGUUUAAUGUUUACGAAAAAAGAAGAUAUUUCUGAUAUUGCUCAAAGUUUUGGUGUCGUGCAUACCUUCUUGACUAAAUGUUACAUUUAAGUGUGUGUAUU